AUGCUUUCGUCCGAUUCGUCUGACACAGAACCCAUCAAAAAGGUAGAACGUAGAUAUAGUUCAGACGAUGAAGGCGAAAAACUUACGGUGCCAGCACUUCCUGAGAAAAAAUCUGAUCAUCAGGAUUCAGGAUCCGAGUACGAUUUAGAGUUAUCCGAUUCCGAGAAGGAUCCAACAUCGAGCAGCCGCAAGCGGCCUGCUAUGAUGAAGAAGACACCAAUCAAACGAAAAAAACAAGAGACUACUACCAAGGAGGAUGAGAAUAGAUACUUGUUUGAUACAGAAGAUCAGUUUCGUACCUGGACAAAUAUGUCGGAGAAAGACAGAGAACAAAGAAUAUUUGAGUUAAUGGAGCAGAGAGAGAUAACUACUAAAAGAGAAGAAAUCACUCUAAAACUAAAAGCACAAAGUGGUGACAGUGUUCAUCCCGUCAAAUCGAAGAUUGUAACAACGGACGAUAAAAAACAACCGGGAAGUGAUAGCAGCGACGAAGAUGAAGCGCCUAAACCCGUCAAAGGCUCCUCUGAUUCUGAAAUCGAUGCAGACUUCCAUCGCCCAAGUGAAGUCGAUAAAAAGCGUAGACAGAAGAGUGCCAUGGCUGAUUUAUUACAAAAACGUAAAGAAAAGGAGAAAAAGAAAGGCAUUGCCCUAUCAAUUGAUGAUGUAUUUGGUAAACCCAAAGAUGGUGGAAGCGAUUCGUCAUCUUCUUCUGAAUCUUCUUCUAACUCAUCCAGAUCGAGUUCUUCAUCAAGAAGUCCAUCACCAGCCAGGCGGCACAGUGAAGACGAGAGAGAAGCUGAAAGCAAAAAACCGAUCGAUACCAAAGAUGAAUUGAUUCGAGCUAGACUAUCUCGUUUCAAACUUUCCAAAAUUGUACAUGCUCCCUUCUUCGGUGAGGUUGUUAAGGGUUGUUUCGUUCGAAUUCAAACGGGACCAAUACCAGGCAGUAAAAGCAAAUACAGAAUUGCUAAGGUUUUGGAUGUGGUGCAGACUGCUAAAGUAUACAGUUUGGAAGGAACAAAAACUAAUAAAGGGCUGAAGCUGAAAUGGGGAAAACAUGAGCGUGUGUAUCGGCUGGAAUACGUUUCAAACACAGAGUUCCCUGAUGAUGAAUAUCAUGAAUGGAAAGAAAUUACAGCACAAGAGGACAUCAUGCCAACUAUCGAACAUAUACAAAAGAAGUUCAAAGAAAUAGCAAAAGCUAUGAAUCAUUCUUUCACGAGUGCUGAGAUCGAUUUGAUGCUCAAAGAAAAGGGUCGUUUCACCAAAGCACCAAAAAAUUACGCGCUUUCCAAGGGAGAGCUAAUGAAGAAAAAGGAAUAUGCAGAGCAAUGCGGUAACUUAAGAGAUGCUCAGAAAUUACAGAGAGAAAUCGAAGAGUUAGAUUCGAAAGCUGAACAACUUGAUAAAGCUCGCUCUGCUGAUAUUUCUGGUAUCACAUGGAUAAAUCAGCGUAACAGAAAUAAGAUGAAACAAGCCUUCUUGGGAAAUGAAAUUCACGUUGAUAUGACUACAGGUGACGAUCCAUUCACAAGAAAGAAAGAACGUAUGAAAGUUGUUUCUUCAUCUGGGCGGAAAGAAAAAUCAGAUGUUAAUCCCAAGGAUGACGAUGAAGAUGAUUUACCACCAGGCGCAGAGGAAAAGCCUAAAGUUUCCUCUGCUACCCAUAGCGCUGCUCCAGCGCAAGCACCUUCUACUUCUUCAAGUACUAUGAAGUCAUCAUUCAUGCCUUCGCUAUCUAGUUCUUCAAGAACAAGCAAAAGUUCGAAUGAUUUGUUUAACCUACAUAGACAGAUAAAUCAAAUUGAAUUGGAUAUAGACUUAAACAAGCUAACCGCAACUCGCGAUACUCUUCCCGGUAGACUAGAUGAUUUCGAUGCGGGUAUCAUGAGAGCUCCUACUGCUAUGCCGGCAGAUAAUCGAAGGAUGGUUUCUUUGGAUGAUUAUCGCAAACGCAAAGCAGCCUGUUUCGGCAGAGGUAAAAUGAGCUAG